AUGACUGGCCGCUCUGUCGGAGUGGCGUACUCCUAUUCCUCAAGUGAUAAAGUGCUCUUAGAAAAUGAUGCAACCCUCCAAAAGAUCUUAUUGCGUCUUCGGGAGAACACAUCAACCCACACCUUCCUACCAUGCCUGCUUGUGUGCAAGAAAUGGUAUUCAUUGGCAAUGGUUGUGCUGCAAGCUGCUGUAGUUUUGAGGAAUCAGAGCCUCUCCGGAUUCCUGAAAAGUACAAGGCUACCACUCAGCUCGAAGUCUUAUGCCAUCCAAUCCUUAAGCUUGUUGUUGGACGUCGCAGCAGGAGACCCAAGAUCUACUACAGCUACGACCUGGCCCCUGGGCUGUCUCCUGAAAGAUCUAUCUAAGAUCAUAGCUGGGGAUAUGCAAGCGCUUCGGAUCUUCUCCCUGCGGGUCGACCAUCAGCCAGUCGGUGCGCUCGACCUAGGGAGCGAUGUUGAUAUUGAUAGGAUCACAGCUGAACCGGGGUUUCCCGCUUCCGCUCUGGUAGCUCUCAUAGCAUCUCUCCCAGUGACAUGCAAUGAUCUUGAAAUUGACACUUCGGGGUUCGAAACCUACGCUGACGGCGAACAUCUAUGCCCGCAAAUUGCAAGGAUGCUCCCAGGCCUCACCCACUUCCGCCUGCGGAUUAGACAACUCUGUCCUUGCUUCAUAGACCUACCCGCCCAAAGCUCCUGUCCGGAAUGUCAAGGUGGACUGCAGGUUCCUCUGUGUCCAAAGCUCCGCUCAUUGGUCAUCAACAUGGAGCUUUCCAGUGUGAUCCAAGGGGGCGUAACACGUUGUUCGCAAUUACCCCAAACACGUCCGGCUGAGAAAAGGAUUGGCCAUGCAGAGGACGACUUACAGGUGGAGCUUUCCCAUCAUCUCCUCAUCGGCCUCAUGCGCAAAAACUGUUUCCCGCUUGCUGAGCGGAUAGAAAUCCACGCCACAAUCAACCUGAACACCAUCCCUUGGCACCACGUUCGUCAGGCAGACAUUAGGAACUGUAAAACGCACGUAUCUUCAUUCCUUCCUCUCCCUAGCUAUAUCCAAGGUGUAUGGAAGCGUGGAACCCAUCGCUGCAUGCGCCCUGUGACGACCAGCAAGGGGACUGGAGGUGUAAUUAUCUCCCCAUGGUGGCCCCAUCCGCGUGAACUCACAGAAAAUGCGUGGGUAUCUAAUUUCGAAGGUGUCAGCCUUCCUACAACUUUGUUUCCCCACACCCUCAGCGUCUUCGACACGGACGACUAUCAUUUAUUCCCCUACCAGCGGGAAAAGGCGGAGGACAACUGUCAGAUUCAGAUUCCGAGCCCUACUUACCACCGUUCCCUUUCGGCGUAUGCAAAGGAAAUGAAACGGCGCUGGCGAGAAAAUGGGACUGGAAAUACGGCGCAGAGUCAGGCGCAGACACAGACACAGACACAGACACAAACACGGUCGCAUCCUAUAUACGAGGAACUUAGCGGGAUGGUAGGUGUGGAUUAUGAGUCCAGUCUGAGGACGCAGACUUAUCAUACUCUACGCCAGAUUCCGCACGAGUUAUUUCCUUUUCCGGACCCGGUGCCCAUGGAGUGGUAUAGAAGGCAGACACCCUUGGGGCAUGCGGAUGUUUGGAGCGUUGGGGAGGGUUGUGGCUAUUGUGGUCAUUUGGGACAUUUUCCGUGA